UGGGUGGUUUUUGGCACUAUUAAUAUGUUAAGAGUAUUUCUUUCCAUGAAGUCUGGGGCGUGAGCUUAUUGAAUAAACAUUAGACCACGCAAUACUCUGGAUGGCCCCCGCUCUGUAAAGGUGUAAGUGGCGACAUAUGGUUUUCUGCGCUCUUUUAGCGCAACCAUGACUAUUCAAUACGUUUAACUCCUCUUGUGCUUGCAAACUGUCAUUAGCGGCUAGCGAGGUAACACGCACAUACUCACUGACGGGCGUGAGACGGCAGGUUGACUUUGACUGGACCUACUGAGCAAGGAGUCCCAGGAAACCAUGAAAUACGCCGUGUCCACAGCAGUCGUGACGGCGGGAGUGGUGGUGGUGGUGACCACAGCGGGCAUUGCACUGGGCUAUUAUUUCUAUGGCCGGAAGAAGAAGCCUUUAGUCACCCUGCUCGACCCCACAGUCAAAUACCAGCUCAGGCUCAUCGACAAGGAGGUGCUCAGCCAUGACACCCGCAAGUUCCGCUUCGUCCUCCCCAGCGAGGAGCACAUCCUGGGCCUGCCUGUAGGGAAGCAUGUGUACCUGUCUGCUCGUGUUGAUGGCAACCUGGUGGUGCGCCCAUACACUCCCGUGUCCAGUGACGACGACCAGGGAUUUGUUGACUUGGUGGUGAAGAUUUACUUCCGGAAUGUACACCCCAAGUUUCCCGAGGGGGGGAAGAUGUCCCAGUAUCUGGAGAGUCUGCGUGUGGGAGACGUCAUCGAUUUCAGAGGCCCGGGGGGGCUGCUGGAGUACACUGGCACCGGUACGUUUGCAGUGCAGCCGGAUAAGAAGUCUCCCCCUGAGACCAAGUCUGCUGCCACGUUGGGGCUCAUUGCCGGGGGAACAGGUAUCACUCCUAUGUUGCAGCUGGUGAGGGCUAUCAUUAAGGACCCCAGUGACCAGACCACAUGCCACCUGCUGUUUGCCAACCAGACUGAGAAGGACAUUCUGCUUCGAGAUGAGCUAGAGGAGAUUCAAGCCAGACAUCCAGACCGCUUCAAGCUAUGGUUCACUGUGGACCGUGCUCCAGAAGGGUGGGAGUACAGCGAGGGCUUCAUCAGUGCAGACAUGAUCCAGGAGCACCUGCCCCCCCCCAGCGACGACUGCAUGGUCCUGAUGUGCGGUCCUCCCCCCAUGAUCCAGUUUGCCUGCAACCCCAACCUGGACAAGCUGGGCUACCGACAGACCCAGCGCUUCGCUUACUAGCCUCCGCAAUCCCACCCCCUCCAGCUCAGCCAAUCACCACACCCGCUAACUCCUGCCCGUCCAAUCAGAGAACAACUCUUAGAAGUGUUAAUUAAGGCAUCCUGUGUGAUUAUUGUGCGUGACUGAGCUGAGAACCUUUGGGAUCUUUACCUUGGAGUGGAGCUGGUUUGCAACCCCUGUUUCCUAUCCUUCUGGCGCCCCCUUCAGGGCCUGAUCUGAAAUGCACCCCAAAGAGCUCUGGUUUAUGCACAAGCCUUUGAAACCCACUCUGAGGGCCAGCUUUAGUAUUGCACUAGAGAAUGAGAGAGAGAGAGAGAAAGUGAGAGAAAAAGAGAGAGAGAGAGAAAUAGAGAGAUGCAGUGGCAGGGAAAGAGAGAGAGAAUGAGGGAGAGAAAGAGAAGGAGGAAGGAAAUGAGAUGGUGAGAGAAAGAUAAUGAAAACUUAGUGUCAGUUGGAACUCAUAAGAACCCUGGUGUAACAUCUUAGUGUCAUUUGGAACUCAUAAGAACCCUGGUGUAACAUCUUAGUGUCAUUUGGAACUCAUAAGAACCCUGGUGUAACAUCUUAGUGUCAUUUGGAACUCAUAAGAACCCUGGUGUAACAUCUUAGUGUCAUUUGGAACUCAUAAGAACCCUGAUGUAACAUCUUAGUUUUUUUCAUGCUCAGAAAACACCCCCAACCCCCACCCUUUCUCUCUCUCUCUCUCUCUCUCUCUCUUUCUCUCUUUCUCUCUCUGUACGUGUGUGAGUGUGUAUGCAGCUUUAAGUGCGCUAGCUUCUGCAGAGGGAUUAUGGGGGUUGCUGAGACACCUGCUGCAACUACAAACGAUCUGCCACAGUUCUUCUCUUUCUCUGCCUGGUGGUCCUAAAAUAGCCUGAGAGCCCGCCCACCCGCGCUGGCAAUGCUCGGUUGUGUGUGUGUGUGUGCUUGCAGCUGCAUCUACGUCUCUGGCUCUGUCUGACUCUGACUCUGACCACUCUUUCUCUGACUUCCUCUGAUCCUGGUCAGAUGCCUUACGCACUUGUCACUACAAACGUGAUGUCUGUGGCCUUGGUGCUUGUAUGGUCAAACCAGUUAUUAUUUUGUAUGUCAGUGUGUGCGGGGACAUCGUUUUUUAUAUGCAUGUAAUGAGUUGUUUACUAUGUUUUCUUAUUGUUUUUCCUAAAGGUGUAUUUUUGAGCUGCAGUGCACUCCUACUACUGCCAAGCUUUGUUCUUGUUUCAAUACACUGCAGACGCUUGGGAGAGAAUAAACAGUGUCAUAUCAGAAA